GCCGCCAAGCUUCAGUCCCAGAAGAGAGCUGCUGUCUGAGGAGGAAACUGCAUCUUCACUGGCCAGCCACAAGAGGACCUAGGGUCGCGCUGGGCGCCCGACGGACCCUCCCCAGGGAACCGCCUGCCUUGCACCUCCUGGCCCCGCCGGGCCCUCCGCAUCAGGUUCCCCAGCCACAGCCUCACCUGCGGGCUCCAGAAUUUCCAGGGCUUUCAGAGGAUGCUCGGGCCACCGACGGGGACCUCGGGGCAGCAGUAAAGGGGGGCAUCCAGCCCCUCAUUCACCUCCUGUCCUCGUGUGCCAAGGACUCCCCCCAGGGGACUAGCAUGGUGGUUUUCCCUUGGAGCCCCCAGGCUUAGUACGUCUGAGAAGAUGCCUGCCAUGAGGCUGUUCACUUGCUUCCUGCAGCUCCUGGCUGGACUAGCGCUGCCUACUGUGCCCCCCCAGCAGUGGGCCUUGUCUGCUGGGAACAGCUCAUCAGAGGUGGAAGUGGUACCCUUCCAGGAAGUGUGGGGCCGCAGCUACUGCCGGGCACUGGAGAGGCUGGUGGACAUCGUAUCUGAGUACCCCAGCGAAGUGGAGCACAUAUUUAGCCCGUCCUGUGUCUCCCUGCUGCGCUGCACCGGCUGCUGUGGUGAUGAGGACCUGCACUGUAUGCCGGUAGAGACAGUCAAUGUCACCAUGCAGCUCCUAAAGAUCCGCUCUGGGGACCCGCCCUCCUACGUGGAGCUGACAUUCUCUCAGCACGUGCGCUGCGAGUGCAGGCCUCUGUGGGGGAAGAUGAAGCCAGAAAGGAGGAGACCCAAGGGCAGGGGGAAGAGGAAGAGAGAGAAGCAGAGACACACAGACUGCCACCUGUGUGGCAAUACUGUUCCCCGGAGGUAACCAGCCCCUCGGAGGAGAGACCCCACACCCGCCUCGUGUAUUUAUUACCGUCACACUCUCAGUUACCUCCCUGCUGGCACCUGCCUCUAUUUAUUAGCCAAUUGUAUCCCUGCUGAAUGACUCACCCCCUCCAAGAUGAGGAGCAGGAGGGACAGGACCCUCAGGAAUUCAGUGCCUUAAACAGAACGUGAGAGAAAGAAAGAAGACAGACCCAGGUGUGCUUCAGCUUGGGAAGAAGCCAGCCAUGUGGCUUUGUGAGGGGCGGGCCAGGCCCUCGGGGCCCCAGAGGUGUCCAGGGGGCUGGAGAGGAAAGGACAUAGGGACCCACAGCCUGUCCCUGGGCCUUGGGCUCUGCACAGACAGGCAGCCCUUGCUCGGGGAGCUGCUGGCCAGGGUGGUGUGGGGUAGCCUGCUCUGGCCGCCAAGGCCCCUGCUGGGAGGGAGGGCAAGCAGCAGUUCUUACAGCCUCUUCCUGGCGGCAGCUCUGCACCCUGGAGAUCAGAACGUUCGGCUCCGGAGAACAGUGGUUGCCUGGGGGCCUUUGCCACUCCUUGUCCCCUAGGUCUCACCUCACAUCUUGCCACUGCUUGUGCUGGGACAUUGUUCUUUGUAGCCAAGGCAUCACCAUCCUGCCCCUCUCAGGGACAUGGCAAGAGUGGGCCCCAGGCUGGACAUGGAGCAAACUGCCCCCACGUGGCUGUCUGACUGCCAAGUCAGAUUCUCUUGAAUAAAGUAUUCUAGUCUGAA